CUCAAGACCUCGUUCAGUAAAUCUCAAUUCGUUAUAAUGGACGCUGUUGGAUUUGACGAGAACAUAUCCAAUAUCACCUCCUACCAUGAUGCUUAUCCCGGUAUAGACCGCAAAGUCCACUACGAUGCCCAGACAUAUAAAGGCAAAGUCGUCUUCAUCACUGGUGCCUCUCGUGGUAUCGGAGAGGAAACGGCACUGUCCUAUGCUCGUGCUGGCGCGCUCCUGUCCCUCGUCGCGCGCAAGCAGACGACUCUGGACUCGGUGAAGGCCACCAUAUUGAAGGAGGUACCGGGCGCAAAGGUUCUGACGUUCCCCGUGGACGUCACACACACCCAGGAAGUCGCGCGGGCCAUUCAGGCCACCGUUGACCAAUUCGGAAAACUUGACAUCCUCAUCGCAAACGCGGGCGUUCUGAGACCAAUGGAAAAACCCUUUGCGCAACAGGACCCUGAUGGCUGGUGGCAUGUCAUGGAGGUCAACAUUCGUGGAGUGUACAAUGCCGUCCACUUUGCGAUUCCCCACCUGCAGAGAUCUAAGGGUUAUAUUGCGAUUGUCACAUCGCUUGCUGCAAAUGUCCGUAUGGCAUUUUCGAGUGAUUACGCCACUUCUAAGCACGCACUCAUACGACUUGCUGAGUUCAUCGUUCUUGAGAACCCUGACAUCAAGACCUUUGCGAUUCAUCCUGGCGCAAUCUUUACGCAGAUGGGCAUGGAGUCCAAGAUUGACAUUCCCAUGGUCGAUACUGUCGCCCUUCCCGCGGCUACGAUGCUCCAUCUUACUUCUGGAAAAGCUGAUUUCCUCAGCGGGAGGUUCGUCUCUGCCAAUUGGGAUUUGGUUGAGCUAGACAGGGAUUGGAAGACGAAGAUCGUUGAGCAGAACGGUCUCGUCAGCAAGCUUUAUAUCCCACAGUAGACGAGAGAAUGCGUAUGGUUCAGUUUUCGUUGAUAGACCAUCCCUCUAGAGUAUUGCCGCGUUUUGCUCAUAGUCUAAUAUAAUAAUCCAUGUCUAAGCCUU